CAUCGAUUGAAAAGAUGGCGGACGAUCAAGAUCCAGGUGAAAGAGUGAGAAAACUAGUGCAGUUUGCAGGACAAGUACACGUUGAUAACAGUAUAGCGCCCAAGAAAUACUUUAGGUCGGGUGUCGAAAUGGAGAAAAUGGUGAGUCUUUAUUCUCUUAUUCAUAUUAUUCACAUAACAAGCUUACAACGAGCUGCCGCCAAAUUUCGCAAGCUGGUAUCGAUAUACCAACUGUAAACUUUUAAACUAAUGCUUUCCUUUUUUAAUUUUAUGAUAUGAAGAACUGUAAGUUCAUUGUAGUUAGUAAUUAUUUCAGUUUUUUGGCUUAUUUGCAAACAGCGUGCAUCAGCUUUUUUUACAUGUUCAUUACUCGAAUUAUACUAGCACUGUCAAUUCUAAAAAUAGGAACUGAAGUAAUUUUUUUCAUAAAGGCUAAUACACAACAGUGUUUUUUGUUAUAUGCACAUCCGUAAAAGUCACUCAAAGUUUGGGAUUUCGUAGCCAGAGAUCGUUUCACUAAACCCAUUUCAUGGCAUUUUCCGAUCUACCAUUCAGCAAGUUUCUUUUUGUACACAUACACUGUACAGAUCUCUGUAAUUCUCUUAGAGUGUUUAAGUCUACCAGGAACCUUUAUAAGUCUUUAGAGAAUUAUAAAUUCACCUUAUGAUACCAUGUAUAAACUCAUUUUAUAAUUUUUUCCUAUUAUUUUAGUGUCCCCAAUUAGCUUUUAUAAGCUAAAGACAUCGACACUUAAAUAAAGUUGUUAUGUUGUUAUCUUAUGUUAUGCUGCAAAUUUUGGAACUUGACAGGGUGCAAGGAAAGGUGUGUCCGAUAGCCGGGGGCUAGUGGACCUUGCUAUCAGGCCAGUGAUUUUUGUUCUUAACUUGCCCGAUGGGCAAGUACUGCUUUUUUGGGAAAUUCAAAUUACAGAAGGAUUGUAAUCAAUCCUCUUAAUAAAAAAGGGUUUUGGGGCUAGUUGAAAUGACUUGUGGGCUAGCACAUGCUAGCUACAGCUUGCCCAAAUGGCAGGCUGUAAAACUGACUUUCUUUGUAUCCAGUUGCUUGAUUAUUCUCAAUAAAUAAGUUGUAGUGGUGUGAAAACAAGCUGUUUGAACUGGCUGAAGAUGAAAUGACAGGACAUAAAGUUUUCAACCUCCCCCCUCUCCUACCUAACUUCCGGACCAUGAUCCACGAGAUUUUUUCCACUAGUGGCUUUUGGGUAGAGCUACAAUCACGGACAAAAGUAGUUGGGAAGAUGGAAUAACUUAACAACAUUAUUUCAGUUUUUUUUUAAGUUUUCAACCUCCCCCCUCUCCUACCUAACUUCCGGACCAUGAUCCACGAGAUUUUUUCCACUAGUGGCUUUUGGGCAGAGCUACAAUCACGGACAAAAGUAGUUGGGAAGAUGGAAUAACUUAACAACAUUAUUGCCCGAUUUCAUAGGCCUUAUGUGUAUGUUAAAAAAAGAUUAUUUGUUCUUCUCCCGAAUCCCCCCCGCGCCCCCUAUUCAAUGUUGGGACAUGUAACAACAAUUACGCACAAAAACAAUUUAGUUUUGUCCAAUAUUGAUCCAGGGGCGGGGGGGGACAAGUACCAAAAAGGUAAAAAUUGGUAACCUUCCCAACAUUUUUGACGAUGAUUGUAGCUUAGCCGAGCAGUCAGAGUGCUGUAAUUGUAACUAGGAUAUUGAGGCCCCAUGUUCACUCCAUUCUCCAACAACCAGCUGGCUUUGUUUUUAGUAGUCCUGAAUUCAACUCCUUGGUCAUGCUUGUAAACAGGCAACUGAUUUGCCUGCAGCCAGUUGUGAUUCUUAACCUCAUAAGCCACAAUGAGGACUAUUGGUUUAACAGCUGUAAUUGUGUAACCCCUAUAGAGUCAUUUGUUUGUUAUAAAGACUAUGGCAGAGAUUAGAGAGCAGUUAUGUGAACCAGAAAUAAGCUAGGUCAUGAACUUGAUGCUGUUGCUUUACUUAAUUUACUAUUAGUCUUUGAGAAAGCUCUGCUAAAUGACCACUUUCACGAAAAUAAAGUACAUUGUAUCGUCAACAUUCAUUUACUUAUUUUUUAUUGACGUGUGGUGUGAGAUCCUGUGAGUCCUUGAUACCUUCAGUUUUGCAAUGUUAUGCUCUGGACAAAGUCUUUGAUGUGCCACCACAUGUUGUACAAAAAGUUUAGGGCUUGUAGCCCCUCCUGAGUUAGAGUAUGGUAUAUGCAGUCCCUCAACAAUUUCAUUAAAGCUAGCCUGGCUCCUUACAGCUGGCAUUACCUCACUGAUCAUAGACCCCUGUAAUAUAUAUUAGACCCUUUGAAGGGGUUGCAAAAUGUACUUUACAAGUCUGAGUUUAAAAAAAACCUUUAAUUUCACAUAUUUGAGGAAAAAGCCUUGUCCAUGUCGCAGCUUCAACCCAUCUAUGUGUUGUUUGUUGCCAUUCCAGCUGUCUUAAAAAUGUCACCGUUUCAAGGCCAUGUGGCUUGUUAGAAGUUAAUCAUAACAGGGCCUCAUGUACUAGCUAGCUAGCUCACCUUUUUUCUCUUCAACUCUUGGAAUGUAGGCAAGGAUUUACCACGAUGAAGGAGAUUUGGAAAGGGCAUUCAUUUUAUAUUCCAAGUUUAUAACGUGAGUAUAGUGUAGUUAAAUUAGUGAAAGUAUGAUCAGACCUGGCUUACUUGUAAAAAGAGCUUUUACAGUGUAGCUCCAUUAUGGUUGACAACAAUCAUGAUGUUGUAGUUCAUAGUGUUUAUAACAUAGGGUGCCCGGUAGAGCUCCAAUGUGCCACCAGGUAGAAUGCUUGGUCACUCAUUAAUCCUGAGUUAAUUGGCUUUCCUUUUUCUAUCACAAGUCCUAGGAUUUCAUGGUAACGAUCGUCCUGGGUACCGUGGUCUUAAAAUAAAGGCACACUCUUUCUGGGUCCUGAAACCUGGGUUUAACCUCCUUUCAGGAGACACCUUAGCACUUGAAAAGUGAAGCUUGGAUAAGUUGAAGUGAAUGCUAGUCACAAUGACAACAACUUUCACAACAUGAACUAUUAAUCAAUGUACCGCACUUGUGGGAUUUCAACACAGAAUUUUGCAAUGAUAAGUUGAUCAUGAUUUUCUUUAUGCAUUAUUUAACUGCUUGAAAUAUUGACCAUAGCCGAUUCGGAGGCAGAAUAAAAAGAAAAAUACAUUUUAUAUGGUUCAGAGGGUGUCCCCAGAAGAAAGGUUCUACUGUAUACGGAAAUAACCUGGAUAUUGCCAAACCUUGUCAAACAUAUUUUUCCAGUCUCUUGACAACUCAUUAUAUAAAGGCUCCACUGUUACAAAGCUUUCAGCUGUACCUGAGCUGCCUAUGAAAUAUUGCAUGUGUCCUCUGAAAAUUGAGCUACCGGUAUGUUAAAUUAUGUGUGGUUUGCUUUGCAGGCUGUUUGUGGAGAAGCUUCCAUUACAUCCAGAGUAUGCUAAAGCACCACCAAUUGAUAAAGCAAACAACAAGAAGGUCAGUAAUGUUUCAAGGGUUAAUAGUUCAUGUUGGUGAUUUUAGUUGUAUUUAAAAGCAUACAAUUGGGGCUAAGGGGGCAGGGGGCAAAUGGUUUUUUUAGAUCCUCAGGGGUAGCUGGGAUAGGAUAUUUCUGGGCUAAUAUCACAGGUGACAAAUUACUCCUUAAUUUGGGUGCGAAAUUUCAGCGUUGAUUUGUAAUUUGUAAUUUCACAAGUGUGAAAUUUCAAAAUUGCUAUGGCAACCUUCAGUACGUCUCAGUGUCAAGAUGAUGACGAAGUUUUAAAAUGUCAUGAAUGAAGAUGUCAGGGCACAAAAAGACGUUUUAGAAAAGCUGAACACACAAAAGACCACAUCAGCAAGGAUGGAGGCCAGGUGCUCUCCUCUUCUUCUUUUAAACUCUUUCUGCUAUAAAUAAUAAUUUUGCAUUUUAAAAUGCCUUAAGAAUUUUUGAGGCUGUGGCCCCUUGGUCAUUAGAAAAUCAUCACAGACCUCAGAAACUCUUGAUAAUUAUGUAUUUUUAUAUUAUGUGUUUUGUAGAGCCUCAGAAAGGCAUUCACCUUGGCAGAGGAACUAAAAGGAGUUUUAAAGGAACGAUAUCAGCAGGAAUACAACCAGUUCUUAGCUGAGCAAACCAAAAAGGUAAGAUCCAUAACCAAAAGUAACUUUAUUGCAAAUAUAUAUAAAUUUUAUACCUAUAUUGAUCCAAAAAUGAAAAAAGUUUAUGAUUGAUUAAUUAUGCAUAAAUAAAUGUACAUAUAUAAUAUUAAUUUAUGUUCCAGGUGUUAUAUUGACUUUUCCUGCGUAAAAUAUUUGGCAUUAUAGUUCUAAAACUUGUCUGUGUUGGUUUGCAUCAUAAAUGUUGGUCGACAGUAUUAGCCUGGAGUCACACAAUCAAUGUUUUUGUUACAUUAUACAGUCAAAGCUCUCUUAUAAACAACACUCUUGUAAGUGUUCAUCUAUACUUUCCACUGCACUGGAGGAGGAUUCCCCAUAAGUUCUACAAGUCAUUGAUUGUUAUUUGCUAUACUUAUUGUAGAAAGAGGAGGAAGAAGCAAAAAGAAGAGAGCUUGAGAAGGCACAAGCAGAAGAAAGAACAAGAAGAGAGCAGGAAGCUCAAAGAAUUUUACAGCAACAGCAUAAAAGUGAGAUACCUGCAGACACAGGCUUGGCUACAGUUGUCACCCCAAGUGCCCCUCCAUUGAUUGGAGAUUAUCCAGCUCCACCUGUGUCACAUCAGGAAUCAUCUUUCAGUGACCGGACAGAAGUAGGUGGGAAUCAGCGUGAACACACUGCACCCAGUGAUGUUGGACAGACGCAUGAAACUGUGCAGCCACCAAGCUAUUCAUCACUCUAUUCUGUACCAACUCCAAGGUGAAAAGAUCAGCCUUUUGACAUGGGUAACGAUAGAACAAAUACAAAUGAUUGUUCUUCAGAAAGUGAACAUAGGCAACUUGUAAAUUUCUGAGUUCUCCUAACAGGAGGCAAAACUAUGACCUAGUCCUGAUGCUGUACCACUAAGCUACAAAAGACUUGCAUUGUGAGGGCUGAGGGCAUAAAACCCAGUUUUUGUGAUGAACAUCUUCCCUACUGCUACAGCUUUGGACUAGAAUAUAAUAUUGAUAGGUUGCACGAUGAGCAUUAAUGUGAUGGUUAAUAUCAAGCCGUGUGAUUAUAAGAGAAUGAUGUGCAUUCCCGCAUUCCUCUUUCUGGUGCCAUACAGUCUAAUCGAGACUUGCUUAUAGCUUUUAUUUUUAUCAUUUUACACUUGCAAGUCAGUGAUUACUUGAUUUGUGUUAUAAUUUUUUUUUCAGAGUACCAUCAGUUGACAGGUCAACUAAACCAGUGAUGGCUUCAGGUUAGCAUGCAUUUUUGAAUUUAUGUAGCAGUGAAAUCUCUAAAUACAUGAAGGCAUAUGUAAACCUAGGGAGUGAGGGUGGUGGUGUACAUGUGUACCAAAGACCGGAUGGGUGCCUUUUUGGAUCAAAAAGCAAGGGGUUGACUGCACUUUUUCACAAUUGAAAUUUCCAAUUUUUCAAGUCACCGAACUUCGAUUCUUGCCCAUGUGUUUCUGUGUGUUAGUUCUCGUACUGAGGGAUUUUGGCAGGUACUUACAGUGCAUAAAGGGUUGACAUAAAGAAUGAUAUAAUUUGGCAAGCAACACAUUGGAUUUAUGAGGAAAAACAUUAAAAUCAGACUACAUUUUUAACACAGGAAUAUUUUCGAGGUAAUAUUGUGGUGGACCUGUUUUGUUUGUAUGGGGCUAUGGGGGGAGAUUGGAUCAAAAUUAAGCUAGAUCUCCCCAUCCCUGUUACUGGUAAUUAAUUACAGAAGUCUUGGGGUGAUUUUCUACUAGGUAUUGAAAAGGUGGUUGAAAGUUUAUCAUCAACGGCAUUCUGUUUAAAGACUGGAAACUGUAUUCAUUGGAGGAAAAUUUUACCAUUGAAAAGUAUUCUCUUUACUGUUCAUAGAUGCAUCCUCACCAUCUCUUGGUCUUAGAAAGAUUCAUAUUCCCGGAGAACUUAUUAGCGUAUUUCUACGUCUCGCAUCAGAGAACACUCGAAAGAAUCUGGAGACUUGUGGCAUUCUUACUGGUCGCCUUGUAAGUAUCAUCAAUACUUAGUAUUUAUUGAUUCAGCUGAUGAUAAAGUUCUAAAUCGAUCUGUUUGUUUCAAAUAUUGAAACAUAAAGUCAUAUUCGCGCAUUAUCUAGGGACUUAGAGUAUUAGAGGGGGUUGAAUUAUUUAAACUCGAACAUGCCACAUAAGGAUAGUGCUAUGUAGACCAUUUAAAAUUAUUAUAAUAUAUAUAACAUUCUCCAUAAUCUUUUUUGCAGCAAAGCAAUAUGUUCUGCAUUACUCAUUUGAUAAUUCCAAAACAAACUUCUACGUCAGAUUCAUGUACAACUCUGAGUGAAGAGGAACUGUUUGAAAUUCAAGAUUCUUAUGACCUCCUAACUUUAGGCUGGAUCCACGUAAGUAUACUCUUGUGCAUGAUUAACAGAGAACGGGACCCUGUUCGUGCAAGUAUUGUGUAAUAAGUAGUCUGAGUAUUUUAUUAGUGAGUUCAAAACAGAAGGUGCAACCAAGCACUUCAAGUUUAUUCUUUUAGUAAUCUUAGUUCAUUAAUAGGCUUUUGAUUAUUUUUUGUUGUUUUAUCAGAUUUAAAUACACCCAUAAUAUUUAGAUUUACUAGUAAGUUUAUUUAAUUUUUGUAUUUUCUUGGACUGAGUGAAUGAAGGAGUGUAUGAAAAGAGGCCCUAAGUGACUGUUGAUGUAUUGUCAAAUUCUCAUUUUGCUUCCAUGCUCUCUCCUCCUUAGUAGACUGUUCUGCUUCACAAGAUUUUUAUUUUUAGCACAACCAAGCAUGUUAAGUGCUUGUUUAUUCUCUCAAGUCCUGCCAAGCCACGACCUGACAGAGUGAAUAGGGACUGCACAGUUUACCACUGUAAAGGCUCUCACUGGCACUCCACACAUAAAGAAAAAAAAAAAUUUUUAUAACAAGAGAAUUUCCCCUCCCCAUCCUCUGAGUAAAAGCCCAUGAGGGUGGGACUUAAGUAGUAUUUAUUUCUCCACAGAAUAAACAUGUUUACAUAAAAGAAUAAUUAAGAUAAAGAGACUCCAGUAUGAAAGAGAGGUGUAGAUGCUCGUCAUCUUGAUUAAUGGCGUAAAUUGCACAUUUUGAUCUUGCUUUUAACACUGGAGUGUUAAGGACAGAAAGCCUAUGAUCUUUACCCAUCCAGGUCUCCCUAAGGGUUGUACAUAAAGAAUUAUCUACAUAAAACAAAUAAACCACAGCCAUACUGUGUUGAAGACAGCAUAUAUUUCAAUGUCAACAUUUUAGGCACAAUUGAAAUCACUAUUUUAAAAUAGCAUUUAUUUGGUUGGGUAUUUUAAUAUAGUCUCCCUUGGGGGUUAAGGUAAGCCUCAGAAGCAUCAACAUCGGUCUCCUCUGAGAGGUUUAAUUCUAAUUUUCUGACAAGCCUUCAUCUCCCUCUAUGGAGGAGAGAGUGAGAAUCUUGAAAGGUAUUUGUCAGUAGUCUGCUUUCCUUAUGGGUCCCCUUUUAUUUGAAAUAAUUCAAUAAAUAAAUGCAAUUUUAAAGGUAAAAUUUAUUUCAUAAAUAUAACUGUGUUUCUACUGAUUUUCAUCAGACACACCCUUCUCAGACCAGCUUCAUGUCAAGCGUAGAUCUUCACACGCACUGUAGUUAUCAACUCAUUAUGCCUGAAGCUAUUGCAAUUGUGUGUGCUCCAAAAUUUGAUCAGUAAGUAGUAACAGUAACUAUCAACCAUCAUAUUAUGAUGGUGCCAGCAGGUGCUCCUUCCCCAGAAUGCCUAUAAGUGUACAUUUUUACAUGUGCUGCGCAAUAGAGUCAUGAUUUUAGGAAGUUUGAUUUAGAAUGGGGUAUGCCGGUAACCAAUAAUACUUUUUUAAACCCUUCAUAACAUCAGGAAACUUUAAUAAUCAUCACUGUUUCCAUGAAUCAUCCACAUGUAUGAUGCAGGUCGUAUGUGUGGGCAACAUUGUGAACCUGAUUCCUAAACUUAUAUAAAAAAAUUCUACUCCUGCUGCACUUUUUUAUGAGAGCCACUAACAUAGUGUAGGCUUUCAGCUAUAGCUUGAAGUCAGAACCCCAUGAUGGAGAAAGACUAAAGGAAAAAAUCACUUGCAUUCCCAAGAAGUCAUUACUGCCAUAGUAGACAAAAUUAAUAGUGCAUGUGGCCCCGAAGGGCAGUACUCUCUAUAGCGCCCUAUAAGAAGCUAGGCUCCACCCUGAAAGGAGUACAUUUUUUAGACAUCAGGUGGGUGAAGGGGUAGGGAUUGCACUGGUUGAAUUAUACAGAGGGGUAGGGAAAUCUGUCAUUUUGUUCUGUAAAAUGACCUAAAAUGGGUGACAGACGCUGUGAAAAAGACAAGAAAACUUCUUAGUUUAGUGAUUCCUAAUAAUUUAAUAGUAAGUAAGUAAGUAAGUAAUCGGUUUAAUAACAGGGUUUCAAUUGCGGCUCUUCAUCUGUUACUUAUAACUAAAAAAUAAAAUAUGUAUCAAAUAUUUACAAUAAAAAUAUACUAAAAUAGAAAGUAAAAUAAUAUGCAAAAUAGAAGCAUUUGCAGCUGAAGAGAUGCCACAUUCUAAAAUGGGUAUGUGAAAGAGGUACCUUUUCUUUCAAAAUUUGUAUGUAAAAGAGUAAGUUGUUGGACCUUGGGGCGGAGCCUCCUAAUAUAAUACUUUUUUCAAUGCCCCCCAGGAUGUCACCAAUCUGCAGGCUCAGAUGUAUUGUUUGUGAAUUUUUGCAGGACUGGAGUGUUUUCACUCACACAGGAAUAUGGUCUUCAGUUUAUUUUAAACUGUAAAAAACCAGGAUUUCACCCACACCCUAAAGAGCCACCUUUAUACCAGGUAAGUGUUGUUGUCUUAUACACUUUCUCUUUGUACUGCUAUUGCUAUUCACAUCUUUCCCAGUCAGUUUUUCAGUCUCUCACAUCAAAGUGAUCAAUUGCCUUCUUGCCCUUACACAGAAAAGAAAUGAAUGAACUCCUUUUAACAAUGGCCUCCACUCUUAGUAGCAGGAAUCUGAGUACUAAAAUGCUUUCUUUUUACUAAUUGCCUUUCAGGAAAGUUCACACAUUUUGUGGGACAAAGUUGCCAGAGUUGAAGUAAUUGAUCUAAGAUAAAGAAUUUUAAUUCUUGUAAAGAUGACUGUGUAAUCACUAAUAUCUUAUGAAGGAAAUAAAUAACAGAAUUAUUCCCAUAAAAUCGCCAGGCGAUAAUAUCAGAUGAAAACAAAUUUGAAGGGGUCAACAUACAGUGCAACCUGUAUUAAGCAGACACCUUCAGGGAAUACUGUUAUGUCGACUUAAUACAGGGUGUCCGCCUAAUACAGGUGUCAAUAGAUAACGUCAAAUGAGGUGUAAAAUGUCAUUCAAAUGAACAGUGGAAACUUUUUGAAUACUCUCAGAGACUAUGACGAUAUACGUUUGCAUUAAUUUCUUUAUCAAGGUGGACCAAUUGAUCAUAGGACCAUAAACAUAGAUUGCAACUCAAAUUUGAAGAAAUCAGAUGAGUGGAACAAGCUCCAUACAAACAAAAUUAAAUAACAAACAAUACCGUACUGUGAAACUAAUCAAAUAAGUUUGUCAAGUCACGUAUUUUAAUGUAAAAAUCAAAAAAAUUGUGGGUGACAAUUCGAGGCAAUCUUUCACAUUUCCGGUGUCUGGCAUGUUGGGUGGUGGAAUUUAAUCACAAGUGUCCGUUUAAUACAGGUUGGCAACAGUAGAAAUUACCAUUUCAGGUACUUUUUAGGUGUCCACGUCCACUUAAUAGAGGUGUCUGCUUAAUAAAGGUUUCAUUUAAUCUUGUUUUUCCAACCUUGCAUUGUAGAAUUUUGUAUAUAUGGCAAAUAAAGAUUGAAUUGAAUUGAAUUUAAAGUAAAUAAGAGAAAUAAAUUUGGGGACUUCAACUACUGUCCGCUUAAUAGAGGGUGUCUGCCUAAUACGGUGUCCGCUUAAUACAGGUUUCACUGUAAAGUAACGUGAAUUUUAGAUUUUAAAAUCAGAGAUCUGUGCUCCAAUGCAUACUUAUCGGUAAUUGUAUGCAUUUGAAAUUGAGAUGGCUCAGACCAGGUUUAAUACUUCAGAAGAACACUGUAAAAUUAGUA